CCUCAACAGAGGCAUACAUUCACUGGUGUUAAACAGUUAUCGCCUUUAAACGCGACGCAAGGGGUUCAAGCGAUGAGAUCCCUAAAUUUAUUGCUUUUAGGCGCCAGCUGCGCGCUUAUCGUAAGCCUCACAUUUGCGCACCCGCCCGAGGGUGUGUGGAAAAAGAAACUCACAUGGAAGGAGGACUGGGUGCAGGUGUGGAAGACAAUCAAAAAGGAGGCCUGGGAAACCAAAUGGAAGAAGAUACAAGUGCCCAUCUGGAAAGAGGUGCAGGUGCCCAUUUGGAAGGAGGUGAAAGUGCCCGAUUGGAAGAUCGUCAAGAAGCCACACAUCGAGGAGCGUGAAGUGCCCGCCUGGAAAGAGGAAAAAGUGCCAGAAUGGAAGAAGAUCACAAAGCCCAUUUGGAAAGAAAUACAAGUGCCUAUCUGGCGCGAGAUCCAAGUGCCCGUGUGGAAGGAAAUCAAGGUGCCAGUGUGGCGCGAAAUAAAAGUGCCCGUCUGGAAGGAAAUACAAGUGCCCAUCUGGCGUGACAUACAAGUGCCGGUGUGGCGCGAAGUGCAAGUGCCCGACUGGAAGCAAAUGUUCGUGCCCGAAUGGGUUAAGAUGGGCAUACCCGGCGAAAAGUACUUGGGUAAGGAUCACGAAGGUUGGGAGUACACCAGUCACGAUUUGUGGCGCAAGAAGCUCAUCUGGAAGCCCGUCUGGAAGAAGGUGUGGCGCACCGAGAAAAAGCAGGAAUGGAAAACCGAGAAGAAACAAGAAUGGAAAACCGAAAAGGUGCAGGAGUGGAAGAUCGAAAAGAAACAGGAAUGGGAAACAAAGAAGGUGCAAGAAUGGAAGACAGAGAAACAGCAAGCCUGGAAGCCGGAAAAGAAAUUAGAAUGGAAAAUCGAAUGGGUGCAAAUCUGGAAGCCAGUGAAGAAGCAAAUCUGGAUAAAGGAGAAGCGCGAAACCUGGGUGGAGGAGAAAGUGCAAAUCUGGCGUACGGAAAAGAAACAAGCGUGGGCCACCGAAAAGAAGCAGGCGUGGAAGGACGAAUGGAAGGCCAUACAAGUGCCCGUGUGGAAGGAGGUUAAAGUGCAGGAAUGGAAGCGCGUGUGGAAGCCCGUAUGGGAGAAGGUGUGGGUACCAGCUAGCCAUGGUUGGGACUGAGCGCAUUACAACGAGACCUGAGCAUUAUUAAACUCCCCAAUUGUUAUUAAGCGUAUGCGUAUGCAUU